AUGGCUAAUAUUAUAGUAGCUCUCGAAGAAGAAGAUUUUGUUCCUUAUUUAUCCACCUGCGGUGGAUCUCUUAUUACAUCCAGAUCCGUUCUUACUGCUGCCCACUGUUUAUCAAACGGCUUAAUAGAUAAAAGUAAAUUCAGAGUGCGACUUGGCUCAUCACUUCCAUAUAGUGGCGGCCACUUACAUAGAGUGGAAAGUUUGCUUGAGCAUCCUGGAUACGCGUUUCCUGAAAUAUACCACGACAUUGGAAUUGUGAAACUCGCCACCCCCGCCAUACUUUCCAACCGCGUUGCACUUGCCCCUAUCGCUGGACCCAACUACUUGGUCCCAGAUAACACUACCGUCACAACUGCCGGAUGGGGCUCACUUUAUUAUUUUGGUAGACCCGCAGAAAUCCUUCAGCAAGUUGAUGUGAAAAUGAUCAAUCACGAUAUCUGUAGAGAAAAUUACGCUUAUCUGCAGUCAUUGCUAGGUAAACAUGAAAUUCCUGAUGUAACAUCUGAAAUGGUAUGUGCUGGAAUAUUAGGUGUUGGUGGCAAGGAUGCUUGCAGUGGUGAUUCAGGAGGACCACUACUUCACCACGGAGUUGUAAUUGGAAUCGUCUCUUGGGGGUAUGAAUGCGCCCACCCGAAAUAUCCUGGUGUCUUUGUUAACGUACCUUCUUAUACCAGUUGGAUUGUUGAUAAUGCAUAA